AUGGCCCCUGAAAACUCAUUAGUGAUAUUGAAUUGGGAGAAUUCUCUGCGUUUGCUUCUCAUGUGGAAACAAAAUACAGCCUUCAUCGUUUUGAACAGUGUCGUAAUUUUAGCAUUAUUACAUUACAUAAAUUUUCAGUACACGUAUGAAGAUGAUGGAGAAGGUAACAGCUUAAUCACUUUAGAGGUUCUCUCUGAUAUAUCACAGACUGAAAACUUCGACCAAACUGAUUUAACAAACGAAGCCCAACAGUUAACUGGAGAAACCCAAGAAGCUGUAGGAGUUCAUUUUGAAACAGAGAAUCCAAAAAUAGAGUCAACAAGAAACGAUACCAGCGACAGUAAAGAAUCAGACCACGUAAAUAUUUCGAAAGCGAGGACAGAUCUCUUGGAAUACAUGACUCGGAACGACGGUAGUGUGAUAUGCAAGCUAUGUGGAGAGAUAUUACAAAGCCGAACGCACUGGUAUAGGCACAAAUACAAAAUUCAUGUAAUGCAACCGUUAAAUCCAGCGCCACUGUUUCAGUGUGAACAGUGUCUUGUUUUCUUCAAGAGCAGAAAAGGGUUUAAUGGUCACGUAGCCAGCAGGCAUAGCGAAGUUUUGUCGGACUCUAGUCCUGUGUCAACAAAUUCGCAAACAGAAGCACUCGAUAAGCAAGUCCAGACGCAAUCGGAGAUGAAGGACGGAACGGAUCCGGAACUGGCAAUACCAAAAUCUAGCCUGCCAAAUUAUCAGUCUGUUGCGAAACAGUCGACGAAACAGUUGGACUCAAAACGACAAUGUAAAAAUAACAAAGAUCAACAAAAUACAGCAGAUUGGGAAGAGCAACGUACUCGUGAGGAAAAGUUGGUCGCUGACAUCAUAGAUCGUGUUCGACGAGAAUGUGAGGCGCAAGGGUCGGGCCCUGCGCGGCGUGGUUACACCCGACGCACCACCGUCAUGCACACGUAA